CAACCUCUUCAGAUGCAAUUCCCAUCGGCGAAUCGCAUAUAAUAUGCUGCACUGAAGAACCCUGGUAAGUUCUUUCUCCAUACUCUGCUCACCUCAAACCACGCAAGUAUCUGCUCCUCCCUCUCUAUCACUCAAUCCUCAUCAUGCGUCUCAAUACCUCCACAUCGCUCUUUGUAGCAUCGUCGCUCUUUUGCUUGGGAUCUUCCCUCCCAUUCUUUCCUCGAAGCGUCGCUCUGGAGCCUAGAGCAACAUAUUCGGUUGUACCUGUGGAUGGGGGAUCAGCUGCAACAACAGAUUCCGCUGGCCAAGGCGAGGUGACAAUAGUCAAGACUAUCGUCCAAAGUCCAACACCCACAACGCAGACUGUCAUUGAGACGGAUACUCUCCCUCCUACCACCGACAUAAUAAUAUCCACACAAACUGUGGAAGGCUCCAAAACAACUCAGACGGUCGACGUAACUCUCACCCCAAGUGCGACUCCGGUCACAGUCACAGCAACAGAAUAUUCUGUUAUCGAUAUCAGUGCGCCUACCACAAUUGUACUUCCACCAACGGCAACACCAAGUCAGCUCUCCACGGGAGGUUCAAAGACUGCCACUUCCAACACAAACACAAUCCCCGAGACUACACCAUCGCCCAUAAAGUCAACCAGCUCCACAGCAGACUCAACCACUCCUGCCUCUCCACCUUCUUCCUCUACUCUCGAAACUUCGUAUACCUCGACCUUCACCACACCGACCUCCCCAGCCUCUGUCUCUGCGGCUUCUUAUGACAAUGGUCAAUGGCAUACCACCUAUCCCACUUGGUCGAAUGGGACUGCCACCCUCAGAACAGCUGCUACACCUCUCCAGACAACGCCUCCAUUUUCCAGAGACCUUUCAGGAUCAGAGGAAUCUGGAGUCCUCACCGCUGUCCUUCGAUUCUUCCGCAGAUUUUCUUCUGGUAUUCUAUAGGGGCUAUGGAGGAAUAUACGGCAGAGGAUGAGAUGAAAGACUUGGGCCUGCAUGCGGGAACAGUAAUUAGAUAUUUCUUUUUUGUACUAACUUGACUGUACUUUGAGGAUAGCAUAGGAGGCGCUCCAAGUGCUGGACGCUUAUCUGCAUGGAAAUGGCGUUGAUGAUAAUACGACAGGAAAGUC